AUGGCGGGGUUCAGCGGCUGUGCGGGUUUCCUCCUUGGUUCGAUAGUGGUGGUGUUCUUGGCUUGUCAUCUCGAGGCGGGUUCCGACGAGGCAGCGGCGCUGCUCUCGUUCAAGCGAUCCUCUGUAGAAGCCGACCCAAAAAAAUCCCUUCAGAGUUGGAGCAGCGGCGGCGGCGCUGACCCGUGUUCAUGGGUAGGCGUCACCUGCUCCGGCGCCGGCGGGCGAGUCUCGGGGCUGAAUUUGAGCAAUCUGGGCCUGAUCGGCCGCCUGAGGCUCGACGACAUUAUCUCCCUUCCCGGACUCCGGGUGGUCAACCUCCGGGGGAAUUCCUUCUACGGCAACCUCUCCCACUCUAUGGCCGCCGCCUGCGCGUUCGAGUCCGUUGAUCUCUCCGGCAACAACUUUACCGGCAGGGUCGCCGGAAGCUUUCUUCGCCCCUGUAAUCGACUGGUUUCGCUCAACAUCUCGCGGAAUUCCAUCUCCGGCGGGGUCUUCCCCUUCUCGCCGUCGCUCCAGACUCUGGACAUGUCCCGCAAUGAGAUCUCCGACGAGGACCUUCUUCUCUUCUCCCUGUCCGCCGGCUGCCGGAGCUUGAAUUAUCUUAACAUCUCGGACAACAAGCUGCAGGGAAGGCUAAAUGCUGUGUCGCCCUCCUGCAAGAAUCUCUCUGUGGUCGACCUCUCCUUCAACCUCCUGUCGGGGGAGCUCCCCAUGGAUUUCAUGCAGUUGCCGCCGGCGUCGCUGACGGAGAUCCACCUCGCCCACAACAACUUCUCCGGCGACUUCUCGGAGUUCCAGUUCGGGACCUGCGGGAACCUCACCGCUCUGGAUUUGUCUCACAAUGGCCUCGCCGGAGGAGUUCCGAGGAGCUUGGGGAACUGCCGGCGGCUUCAUCGGCUCGACCUGUCCUUCAACAGGUUCUCCGGCGAAAUCCCGCCGGAAUUGGCCGGAAUAUGCGGGACGCUCGUGGAGCUCGACCUGUCGGACAACAAGCUCACGGGGGGCUUGCCGGCAGCCUUCUCGUCCUGUACCUCCCUCCAAAGUCUGGAUAUUGGCGACAACCAGCUCUCCGGCGACUUCAUCGGCGGCGUUCUGGUGGCGCUACCCAACCUGAGAAUUCUCCGCCUUCCUUUCAACAACAUCAGCGGCGCUCUGCCGAUCCUGUUGCUGAAGAACAGCACCCUGUUGGAAGAGAUCGAUCUCUCGUCCAACGAUUUCAACGGCGAGAUCCCCGCCAGAGUUUGCUCGUCCUUCCCUUCCCUCCGGAAGCUCAUGCUGCCGAAUAAUUUCCUCUCCGGGACGUUGCCGGCGGAGCUGGGCACCUGCAGAAAUCUCAGAGCUCUCGACUUGAGCUUCAACGAGCUCAGCGGGCCGGUGCCGGCGGCGAUUUGGUCGCUCCCGGAGCUGGUGGACCUGGCCAUGUGGGCCAACAAGCUCUCCGGCGAGAUACCCAACGAGCUCUGCUCCAAUGGCGCGAGCUUGGAGACGCUGAUCCUGAACCACAACGAGUUCACGGGGACGAUACCCCCGUCCAUCGGCAAUUGCAGGCGGCUGAUCUGGGUCUCCCUAUCCGGUAACCGUCUCUCCGGCGACAUUCCCGACGGCGUCGGCGAGCUUCAGAGCUUGGCGAUUCUGCAACUGGGGAACAACUCCCUCUCCGGCGAGAUCCCCUCCUCCCUCGGCAGCAGCAGGAACCUCGUCUGGGUGGACCUUUCCCUGAACAACCUCACCGGCGCUAUCCCGCCAUCCCUGGCCUCCGAAGCAGGGCUCGUCUUCCCCGGGGCCGUCACCGGAAAACACUUCGCCUUCCUCAGGAACGAAGGCGGCUCCUCCUGCGCCGGCGCGGGAGUCAUCUUCGAGUUCGCCGGAAUCCGGCCGGAGCGGCUCGCGAGCUUUCCCCUGGUGCACGCCUGCCCCACGACGAGGAUCUACACUGGGACGGCGGUCUACACCUUCGCCGGCGGCGGCAGCAUGAUCUACCUCGACCUCUCCUACAACUCUUUAACUGGAGCAAUCCCGGAGAAAAUCGGGGAGAUGAGCUACUUGCAGGUUCUGAAUCUGGGGCACAACCAGCUGGGAGGAUCCAUACCAGAGACCUUCGGGGAGCUGAAAACCAUCGGCGUCCUCGACCUCUCUCACAACCAGCUCACCGGAGCAAUACCAGCGGCCCUGGGGAGCCUCACCUUCCUGGUAGACUUGGACGUCUCCAACAACAACCUCGCCGGCGCCAUCCCGCCGGCGGGACAGCUGAUGACUUUCUCGCCGUCGCGGUUCGAGAACAACUCCGGCCUUUGCGGCGUUCCCUUGCCGCCGUGCGCCGCCGGGCAAAACUCCGGUGACCAUCUCUCCGGAGAGGGGCAGCAGCGGCGGCGGCGGCGGCGGCGGGUCUUCGCCGCCUCCAUGCUCAUCGGGAUCGCCGCCUCCCUGCUUGUCGUCCUCGCGCUGGUGGUGACCCUUCAGAGGUUGAGGAAGAGAGAUAAGGCGGCAGCGGCGGCGGCGGCGGAGAACCAGAGGGCCAAGUACGUCGAAAGCUUCCCGAUCUCCGGGAACUCGAGCUGGAAGUUGGCCGGCAUCAUGGAGCCGCUGAGCAUCAAUGUCGCCACCUUCGAGAAGCCCCUGCGGAAGCUGACCUUCGCCCAUCUCCUCGAGGCCACCAACGGGUUCGGCGCCGAGAGCCUCAUCGGCGCCGGCGGCUUCGGCGAGGUCUACAGAGCCAAGCUGAACGACGGCGGCGUCGUCGCCAUCAAGAAGCUCCUCCGCGUGACGGAGCAGGGCGACAGGGAGUUCACCGCCGAGAUGGAGACCAUCGGCAAGAUCAAGCACCGGAACCUCGUCCCAUUACUGGGCUACUGCAAGAUCGGCGACGAGAGGCUCCUCGUCUACGAGUACAUGAAGAACGGGAGCUUAGAGGCGGUGCUCCACGACGGCGCCGGCAAGCUCGACUGGCCGGCGAGGAAGAAGAUCGCUGUGGGGUCUGCAAGGGGCCUCGCCUUCCUCCACCAUAGCUGCAUCCCCCACAUCAUCCACAGGGACAUGAAAUCCAGCAAUGUCCUUCUGGACGAGAACCUGGAGGCCCGUGUCUCAGACUUCGGCAUGGCGAGGCUGAUGAACGCCCUGGACACUCACCUGAGCGUGAGCACGCUCGCCGGAACGCCCGGCUACGUCCCGCCGGAGUAUUACCAGAGCUUCCGGUGCACCACCAAGGGAGACGUCUACAGCUACGGGGUGCUGCUGCUGGAGCUGCUCUCCGGGAAGAGGCCGACGGACCAGGCAGAGUUCGGGGACAGCAACCUCGUCGGAUGGGCGAAGCAGAAGAUCAGGGAGAGUCGUAGCGGCGAGAUCUUCGACCCGGAGCUGAGAAGAGGGAGGAACAAGGCCGGCGAGGACGAGCUGCGCCAGUGCCUGAAGAUCGCCUGCCAGUGCCUCGACGACCGGCCGCUCCGGCGACCGACGAUGAUCCAGGUCAUGGCAAUGUUCAAGGAGCACCUGGUGGACAGCGACUGCGACACGCUCGACGGGCUCUCUCUGGGCAGCUCCGCCAUUAGCGAAUCUACGGAGAACGUCCCGUGA